AUGUCGGAUAUUCGAAAAUACUUUAAUGCACCUGGUGGUGCUUCUAAGAAAAACGCGAAGAAGACUCCAAAAACGGAUAAUAAUGAUCAAAGUGAAAAUGUUCCCGAAGAACCAAGAGUGAAUCCUGGUAAAUCCAAACCGUCUAAGAGAGCAAAAGAAGAUGAUUCUCAUACAGAGGCUCCCAAAAAAAAGCAGCCGAAAACUACUCCAUCUGCAUCAGAGCCAAAAGAAAUACCUGAAGGCGCAGAAAAUUGUUUAUUCGGGAAAACUUUUGUCUUUACUGGUGAUUUAGAAACUCUUUCAAGAGAAGACUCCCAGGAUCUCGUUAAACGUUAUGGAGGGAAAGUCACCGCAACCCCAAGUUCACGUACUACUUAUGUUGUUGUUGGUGACAAUCCUGGUCCGAAAAAACUAGAAAAGAUCAAACAGCAUAAUAUUCCAACCCUGAAUGAAGAUGAAUUAUUAGACCUCAUAAAAAAUGCUCCAGCACAAUCUGCUGAACAACCCAAGUCUGCGAAAGGAAAAUCACGUGCUUCGGAUGCUAUGGAAAUUUCUGAUCCAAUACCCACCACCUCUGGUUCUUCUAGCACAACGCUUCUAUCUCAAUUAUGGUCUGACAAAUAUAAACCGAAAUCUCUUAAAGAAUUGUGUGGGAACAAAUCUGCUGUUGAAAAUCUUCAGAAAUGGCUUAAGACUUGGGAGUCGAAUUUAAAAAGUGGUUUCGAUUUUAAGUCAAAAUAUCCAGCUGCUUUAGUGUCUGGUCCUCCAGGGAUUGGCAAAACUACGGCUGCACACUUAAUUAGUAAACUUGAAGGUUAUGAUGUGAAAGAAUUUAACGCCAGUGAUACUCGCAGUAAAAAAGCGCUGCAAAUGGCCGUUAAAACCGCUACACAAAAUACUUCUAUCAUGGGAUUUUUUCAAUCUGAAACUGAGAAGGCGAAAAAAAUGGGCAGAACUCUUAUAAUCAUGGAUGAGGUUGAUGGCAUGUCCGCUGGAGAUCGAGGUGGCGUUACUGAACUUGUUCAACUAAUCAAGAAAACUCAAGUUCCGAUUAUCUGUAUUUGUAAUGAAAAAGGAAAAAAACUACAAUCUUUAGCUAAUGUUUGUAAUGAGAUUAGAUUUCAAAAACCCCGAGUUGAGCAAGUCCGCUCACGAAUCAUGACCAUAACGUCAAGGGAAAAUCUUAAGUUUAGCCAAGUAAAUAUCGUGGAUGAGAUUAUCACGGGUGCGAAUGCUGAUAUUCGUCAAAUUUUAAACAGAUUGUCUUCUUGGAAAUUGGCAAACAAUAGCAUUAAUUAUGAUGAGGGCAAGGCUAUAAAUAAAGCAUCAGAAAAGAAUGUAGUUUUAGAUCCAUUCGACAUUAUCACACGGCUUUUUGGUACUUCGAUAUGGAAUAACCGCGCCGGAAAUUUAAAUGAUAAAUUGGAAUUAUAUUUUCAUGAAUCAGAUAUUGUACCGUUAAUGAUUCAAGAAAAUUAUCUAAAAAUUAAACCUCAUAUUCUUUCAAACACCAUCGAAAGAGAUGAUGUAAAUCCGAAGGAACUUGAAAAAUUUUCUAUAUUAGAUGCCAUAAGUAAAGCAGCGGCUUCUAUAUCAGAUGGUGACAUAUGUGAUUCGAUGAUUCAUGGAUCCCAACCACAAUGGACUCUUAUGCCAGUUCAUGGCAUGUUUUCUUGUGUUAUUCCAACAUAUCACGUUCAUGGUAGUAAUACUAGCGGUGCUCGUUACGCGUUUCCAAGUUUUCUGGGUCAAACCUCUAAAACUAACAAGUAUAAACGUAUCUUAAGAGAGGUACAAAUACAUAUGCGAUUAAAAAUUUCUGGAGAUAAGAAUGAAAUUCGCCAGAGUUAUCUUCCUGCUUUAUUUACUGCACUUUCUCAACCAUUAAUCGAAAAAGGAUCGAAAGGAAUUCCUGAAGUGAUUGAGCUAAUGGAUCAAUAUUAUCUUAGCAAAGAUGAUUGGGAUGCAAUAAUGGAAUUAAGCUUUGGAGGCGAUAAAAUAUUAAAAGAUAUUAACAAAAGUGUUAAGGCAGCCUUUACAAAAAAAUAUAAUUCAUCAUCGCAUCCUAUACAUUUCCUCAAAGUUCCAUCAGGUAAAUCUUCAAAAACUGCUAGUGCUGAUGCAGUUCCCGAUUUUGAAGAUGCAAUUGAAGUUGAAGAAGUUGCCGAGGAAGACGAAGGAGUUGUUAGUGACGAUUAG